AUGUUCACCAUGCCGGAGCUUGAUUUUGAUGAGAUGCUGGCAUCUCUAGCAGCCGCUGCAUCUGACGACCCUACAGAUCAUAUGCCGAUGACUUGCAGGGAAUGUGGUGAACGCUGCGGCAAUCGUAUGGAAUCUUGGCUUCACACCCAUUCGACCGGGCAUCGGCAGUUCACCUCCACGCCCGAUGCGCACGAGCAGCUGCCCUGUGUGUGUUGCAGUUGUGGGCAUCGAUGCUUGAACCGUUCCGCCGCUGUGGAACAUGGUAAAACAACAGGUCACCACCAAUUUCGAGUUCAGGGACGACAUUGCGAGCACUGUGCUGGUUUCGCAGCAGCCUGCAGUUGCUCCCAGGGCUGCCCCAGACCACCGGGAGCUGAGUGUGAGGCACGCAGCAGGGGAAGUAGCAGUAACCACUGCGAGCACUGUGCGGGACGUUUGGGGGCUUGUGCGUGCAGUGAGUGUCCUCGAAAGCCAAGCAGCCUAUGUUUUGACAUGAGGGGCGCAAUGGGUGCGAAAGGAGAAGGCCGCCAUUCAGGGCACAGGUUCGAUGGUGACCAAUGUGAGGUUUGUCGGGAGUGUGGACGCUGCACCUAUCGCAUCACUGGGCGUACCAGUUGCAUCAACGAUCGAGGACGUGGACCACGUGAGCGGCCUCCCAUCUGUGGCUGCGGGAGCGGCCCUUCAGUGUGCUCCCGUUGUGGGGUUGGCCCAUGUUGUCGCGCCCGCCGUUGCCAGCCACCCGAGGCUCCUGUUCUGCGGCCAUCUCCUGUUCCCCCUGCUCCCCGGCCAGUCUUGCGGCGCGAGAAUUCCUCGCGCCAACGUGGGGGGAACGUGCCGGAGAAUCAACUAGAUGAAGAUAUAGAGCUUGCCCAAGCGAUAGCUCGAUCAUUAGAAGAAGCUCUGCCUGCAGCACCAAAACCAAGCCCACAACCCCAUCAAUCUGGAGAUAGAGCCAGAAGAGAACAAGAAGAACUGGACAUGGCGAUUGCUCUCUCUCAUUAUCGGAGGCCUAUGGGCCAUCCCCAGCCCCACCAGCUGCACCAGCUGCACCAGCUGCACCAGCAGCCCCAGCCCCACCAGCUGCACCGGCUGCACCAGCUGCACCAGCUCCUCCAUCUGCACCGGUGGCCAAGGCAAAGGCACCAUCUGCGCCAGCUGCAACUCCAGCUUUCGAGGUGA